AUUUCGUGUCAAAAUUAUUAUAUGUUGCAAUAUGCAUGCAUUCAAUAGUAUGAAUCUGCAGCUUACGCGUUGGGAAAUUGGGCCUCUUUAGUGAACUCCUUUCUAAAUUUAAGUGAUGUUUCGGGGAAACUUCCAUCUUAGAAUUCAUUUCCCCUGAAUAGUAUGAAUCGGCAGCUUACGCGUUGGGAAACUGGGCCUCUUUAGUGAACUCCUUUCUAAAUUUAAGUGAUGUUUCGGGGAAACUUCCAUCUUAGAAUUCAUUCCCCUGCAUUUUAACACUUCAGCGAUGGGAGAAAUCAGGGAAAAGUUCUGCUUAAGCCUGUUUUUUGUUUCUAUAGUGUUUAUUCAACUGAAAAGUUAUGGUGUCGUAGUCGAGGGUGAAGAUAUUCUUUCCUUGGGCGCCUCCAUUACUGGAAAUCAGACACUAAUUUCAAAGAAUGGCACAUUUGAAUUGGGGUUCUUCAGUCCAAAUGGAACCAAUAACUGGUAUAUCGGCAUCUGGUAUGCCAAUAUCCCAGAGAAGACGGUUGUUUGGGUGGCUAACAGGGAGACUCCUGCGAGAAACAGAUGUGGCGUUUUGAAGCUGUCAGAAGAAGGUGAUCUGGGACUGUUCGACGCAACGGGUGCAUCUCUUUGGUCGGUGAAUGUGACCAAGAAGCCUUCCCAGGCUUUGAUAUUAGAUUCUGGUAUGAGGUUCGGUGGACAGAAAAAACUAGUCUCUUGGAAAAGUUCACUGGAUCCUGCUCCUGGGCUUUUCUCUUAUCAAGUGGAUCCAUCAUCUGGGGUCAAACAAUUAGUGCUAAAAUGGAACAAUUCUGUAGAGUAUUGGGCAAGCGGACCUUGGGAUGGCAAUGUUUUCAGUCAAAUUCCAGAAAUGUCAAACAAAGCCUUAUACAAUAUCAGCGUUGAAAUUAUCAACUCUGGUUUCCAUGUCACAUAUACAUCGAUAGCUAUCAAGAAUGUGCUCUCGCGUUCCCUAUCAAGAAUGCAAUUAUAUGCUCUGCUUGAUGACGCUAAAUGGACCCUCCUCUGGUCUCAACCGAGAGAUCAAUGUGCCGUAUAUGGUUUGUGCGGCGCUUACGGAAUCUGCAACUCCAACAAUCUUCAGUUCUGCAGCUGCGUGGAAGGGUUCACUCCCAAAGACACUCGAGCCUGGUAUUCGCGAGACUCGUGGUCAAGUGGCUGUGUUCGACAGAGCCCGUUAAACUGUGUUGCCGAAAAUGGCAGCAGCGACGGAUUCCUGGAGCCCAGUGUCACGUUUCCUGACGCUGAUUCCGCUUCCUCAUACCCUGUAACCACAAAGGAAGAUUGCCAGAAAGUCUUGCUCCUCAACUGCUCGUGCACUGCAUUUACUUUCAAUCUAUCUUCAGGACUCUGCCAAAUCUGGUACGGACAUUUGUUAAAUAUGCGUACGUCUCUUCCACCAAAAAGCAAUUCAAAUGUUUUUAUUCGAGUAGCUGCCUCUGCACUUCCGAAGACUAAGAAAUCCUCCUCCAAAAAAACGCAACUACAAUUAUUGUUGGUGCUCUCGCCGUUGCAUUGGGUAUCUUUUUAAUUAUAAUGUGGCAGAGGCAUCGGCAGACGCUUCAGCUACGAUCGAUGGAGAGGCUUGCCGAUCCCUCCUACUCUUUUCUUAGAAUGUUUAGCUACAUGGAGUUGAAGAUUGCAACUAGGAAUUUCAGGUCUAAGCUGGGGAGCGGAGGAUUCGGCACGGUGUUCAAAGGAUACCUAAUAGACGGUACACUUGUCGCCGUAAAGA